AUGCGCCCUCUAUGGAUGCGAGCCGCACGGGGCGAGCUGCCGGCGUCGGCAGGCCACAGAAUGGUGCGCUGUGAUGCGUUGAGCACCGCCCCUGCGCUCAACACUCAACUGUCUGCGCUCCUCGCUGCUCCUGUGCCCCCUGCCUCCGUGGGCGCACAGGUGAAGGCGCUGUUCGUGGGCAAGGACCACACGGGCGACGUGCCUCUCACCAUGAAGAUCGCUGCCGCCCUCACCACAGGUGCUGCCCUCACCACAGGGGCGGUGGGAAUAGCGAUCGCCAACCCCACGGAUCUGGUGAAGGUGCGGCUGCAGUCGGAGGGGCGCCUGGCGCCCGGCACGCCCAAGCGCUACUCGGGCGCCCUCAACGCCUACGCCACCAUCGCCCGCUAG